AUGACACAAACGAAAAGGGAGAAAAAAAAUGCACAAGGUUACGAGACGAAAAAUUGUGUCGACCGAAUCUUUUCUACCUGCCACCGACCAAAGAGUAAUUCAAUGCUUGAGCUUCAAAAAUUAUAUGUGACGAUGUUGAAGAAGAAAUGUUUUAAAGAAAAACUUGUUUUGAGUAUGAGAGAUUAA